UCCCUUGUCCUAGCCACACUGGUAGCUACAUCAAGCCUGUUCCAUCUGACUGAAUAGGUGGGGGGGAAAUGACUGACUCUAGCCCUGAUUAUUAACUUUGCAGCCAGCACAGAAACAAUGUAUGCAUAGUGCUCCAUGCCUUGCAGACUGGAUACAGUAGCAGUGUUGGUAGCUGUGUUUGGAAUGAUGCGAUUCCCUGCUCCCGUUUUCCCCUGCAUGCCUUGGACUCCCUCUGUGUCAGACACCAAUGCUGCCCUGCCUUAUUGUCAGACUGCAUGGCAGGGCUGUGAGGUGAGCUCUGCUCUGACUGCUGCAUUCUUAGUGUACCUGAUCCUCUGCCUAUUCCCUGCCUGCCCUCUUACAGACCCUCUCUCCCCCUUUAGGGCUCUCUGAGCAAGGCUAGCUUUGUAGAUCCGUAAUGCAAGAUACCCAGCUCACUGACAGAGCCUGCUUCAUUUCUGUUUUAUAUUCUGCGGCUGAGGGAGAUGGACUUAAUCACUGUCUGUUUUAAUCUUACAGAUCUGUUCUGCUCAGAGAGAUUCCAGAUAGGAGAACGGAGAGAAGGGUGAUUUGGAUCAGACAAAAAAAAAGCCUUCUGGAUCUUCUGCUAGCCUAGGCAAGAGGGGGACUCCAGGUCACAAAACGGCAAGCAAUCGAUUGCUUCAGUGAUCUGGAGUGACAGGAAGACUCUUCUUGACUCAGUAGACCUUCAGUUCCUUCAGGUUUAAUAUUGGGAUGGGUCUUGGAAGAAAUACCUCAUUCUUCUUGCUUCUGGACAUCAACAAAUCCUACCCUACCAGAGGAAGUUGAAUACUGGCAUUUUAUCGUCUGGAGAAACAUUGGGUGAAAUAAUACCAGAUUUCGUGUCAGAAUCCCAUCAAAUCGAAGUGGAAAUUCUUAUCAUUCUCAAUGUGGAUGUUAUAACUGGUUAAAUUGUGUGGUUGGGCUUUUCUUUAUUUUUCUUUCCUACUUCUUUUUUUUUUUUUGGCUUUUCUUUAUGUUUUUGGAAAGGGGAGCAAUUAAAACAUUUUAACUUGAGACGGUUUAACGAAGAAACUUCUGUCUGUUCUACAGAUUUGCCAUGGGAUUGGAAAUUUCCUAAUUCUUCUCCGGUGAUCUAGUGAUUCUAUAUAUCUUGGUUUGUUCUUUUUGUUUACCGUCUUUGAUCUAUCCACUGAAAUUGACAUGUAUGAAAUGGAAAAACAAGGAUUGUUUAGUGCUCUCUGUUAUCUGAUGCUGAAUUCUCCUCUGUUAUUUAGUGUAAAUGCCACUUUCACUGAAGUCCCCAAAGAUGUGACAAUAAGGGAGGGAGAUGAUAUAGAAAUGCCUUGCGCUUUCCGGGCCAGCGGUUUCACGUCCUUCUCAUUGGAAAUCCAGUGGUGGUAUCUGAAAGAGUCAUCUAGGGAGAUGCCACAUGAAUUAGCUGUCAGUGCCCCGGGCAGCAGAAGCAAGGUCACCUCAAAUAAGGAUGGAACCAAAAUAAGUACUGUACGUGUUCAAGGCAAUGAUAUUUCGCACCGGCUGAGGCUGUCCAAUGUCAGGAAGCUGGAUGAAGGGGUUUACGAGUGCCGGGUGUCCGAUUAUGGAGACGAUGAGACUCAGGAACACAAAGCACAGGCGAUGCUCCGGGUCAUUUCCCGCUAUUCCCCACCUGACAUGCAGGCAGCAGAGGCUGUGUCUCACAUCCAGAGUAACGGGCCACGUAGGAACAACCCCAGCAGCAGCAGCAGCAGGGCCACCCCAGAACCUGGGAACAAGCGCCCAAUGCACGCAGGAGACAAUCUGGCUCCAUCACCAGGCACUGCAGCAUCCGCCUCUGCUUCCCCUGCUCCUGGAAAAGCAGCCAUUCUGCGGCAACAUCAUGGCUCAGGCACCGGACCCAUUCUGUCCAGCGAUCCAAUAAUAUAUGUGUUCCUCCUGGUAUUUCAUCGGCUUGUAUAUUUAUUACUGAACCACUAAUGGACCAUUUGGUGAAUCAUUUGUUAAACAACCAAACAGUAGGAUCCUAUCCAACACCCUUAAUGACAGCUGCCACAUUUAAGGAGGGACAGGAAAAAGACUGAAAGUAGCAUGGCAAAUACUACAAGGUGAAAAAAAAGAAUAUUUUUGGAGAACUGACACACAAAUUAAAUCACCCAAAAUAACGCAUCUAGUUUCCAAAAAGAGAAAAGAAAGAGUCUGGUUCAAGCCUUGCUGUGUGCAUGGCAUCAUUAAUUUCUAAUAAAACAGAACGUACCGUUUCAGGCAUUUAUUUCCAAAAACAAAAAAUCCCUCAUUGUUCUUUUUGCACGAACUGUUGAGCAGUUAUUUCUAUGACGAAAUGUAAAUUUAUUAAGUUUAAAGACCUUCUAAGGAAGGGAAAUAUUUUUAAGUAGGGUGUGUUUAAAUGUUUUUGGUUUGGUUUUUUUAUUUUCCUCCGGUAUUUUUUUUAAAUUAAAUUAUUUCUUUUAAAUUCUUUUUUUUUCCCCCAGUUUGAUUCAAAGGCACAUGUUACCAUGGUAAUUAAUCACAGUCAAUAAUAUUUAUUUUUAAAUAAAGAUUGGAGACAAGGUAAGAUGAUUUGUUUAUAAAAACUGUAUUGUAUAAUGCUGAAUAACAGCUGAAAUAAAACGAUUUUGAAAUAA